AUGCACAAAGGCAAAGUGCGACCAGGAAUGAGAUCGUCGAAACCAUCUCUGAUCGUUAGGAUGAAGGCGAGCAACACCAAAGCUACAAAGAUGUACUGGUUUAAUCAGUGGUCCAGGAAACUAGAAGAACGCAAGAUACAACGAGCGUGUUUGUGUAAUCAAUCAACCGUCAUACAAAAUAUCCGACUGGGUGAUCGUGACCGAUGUACCUUGCUUAACCCAUCAUCUGGUAAAAAGUUCAUUCGCACACACUUGCUGAUUGCUGACUUCUAA